UGCAUCUCUCGUUUUAUUCCCAUCAGCCUUUGCUGCGAACUCCCUGCACCAGUCAAGAUGGCGGACAGACCAGUUCCCUUAGCUGAGAAGCGGCUGAUGGAUGUGAAGCUGGGUGAGCUGGGAAGCUGGCUCGGAGGUCGCGACUUCACCCCCAACGGCAUCAUUUCAGCCUUCCGCAGGGGCCAUGACAGAUACUACAACAAGUACAUCAAUGUGAGGAAGGGAGGCAUCGGUGGUGUGGCCAUGCUGCUGGCUGGCUACGUGGCCCUCAGCUACCUGUGGGAAUACGACCACAUCAAACACGAUCGCUGGAGGAAGUACCACUGAGCUCCUUCAGCAGCCAUCAGACCUCCAGGGGUUGAACAUGGAUCUCUCUGCUCCCCCUGCUCUUUCUAUCCUCAGCUCUGUUGUGUUAAUAUAUGACUGUUGUGACCAAUAAACAAUAUAAAGAUUCA